AUGCAUCCCUUCAUUGCUGAAGGGAUGCCCCUUCACCCAUGGCUCCAAGUGGACCCAUCUCUGACCCUGACCCUGCAAUUGAAGGUGCACUUCCAUAUGGCCAUCCAAUGGUUUUCCCAUACUGAGUCUCCAAUGGAUCUGAAGAAAUGGACAUCCAAUGGACAUGCCCAAGGAUUAUCCUUGGAUGAGACAUUUAGUCAUCCAGGGGAUGUCCAAGGAGGAUAUGCAUUGGAUGUCCAUGAGGCUAUUCUGGCAUCUACUAUCCGAAAUAUGGAGGGGAAGAAAGCAGUCUCAACUCUUAUGCAUCAGCUCAUGGAUGAUGGAGCUGCCCUUCACUUUAUUUGCAAGUCCACAAGACACAAGGAGAAGCAGGCCCUUAAAGACCUGGGCAUCUUUGACCUCAUAUCAAAAGCCAUUGAUUGCAGUGGAAAAGCUGCUUCCAUGUCUCAACAGGAGAGAACCAUCUUUGUUGGUGACUAGUUUCAUCAGGCUAAGCAGUGCCUUCAUCAGUAGGAACGUGCACAAAUGUGAUUCUUUGUGAUUCACUUGUUCAAAAUUGAUGGCACAAUACAAAAUUAUGAAGCCUUGGUUAUA